CGUCCAAGUCAGAUAAGUACAAAGGGUGCUUUCUCAUGUGUGAUCCCCUGAUGUGAACUGGUCACGAGGCUCGUCGACUGGAAGAAGAAGAAGAAGAAGCAGCAGCAACUGGAUAGAGAGGGAGAAGAGCGGGAAGAACAAGUACCAAAAUGCAGGAUCCGCCAAAUCCAAACAAAAACCCCAACCCGAAAACUAACCCAACUCCAGAAACCCAAAACUUUCCUCAUGGUCAAGGACAACCAUUUUCUAUCCGGAGUUCUUGUCACCGUCGAGCCCAUUCCGAGGUCCAUUUCCGUCUUCCUGAAGACCUGGAUCUUGUCCCGGACCCAUUCGAAGGUCCAUCCGGAAGCUCCUUCGACGAGCUCGGAUCCGAAGAUGACCUCUUCUGCACCUAUAUGGAUAUUGAAAAGCUCGGAUCCAGACCCGAUGAAGACCCCUCUAGCCUCAAACCUGACAAUGCGGUUCAUGGGUCGAGUGGUGGCGGCUGCGGGGUCGACUUGGAGGGAGAGAAGAAUGUCCGGCCUAGGCAUAGGUAUAGCAAUUCUGUUGAUGGGUCUUCGAUUAUGGAGUCUAUAGAGGCCAAGAAAGCUAUGGCUCCUGAUAAACUUGCUGAGCUGUGGACUCUGGAUCCAAAACGAGCCAAAAGGAUUAUUGCAAAUCGACAAUCUGCUGCUCGGUCAAAAGAGAGGAAAGCCCGUUAUAUAUCAGAACUUGAAAGAAAAGUGCAGACCCUUCAGACAGAAGCAACUACACUUUCUGCACAGCUCACACUAUUCCAGAGAGAUACAACAGGUCUGAGUACUGAGAACACUGAGCUUAAGCUUCGCUUACAUGCUAUGGAACAACAGGCUCAAUUACGUGAUGCUCUGAAUGAGGCGCUAAAGAAGGAAGUAGAGAGACUCAAGAUUGCCACUGGAGAACUGAUGACACCAACAGAUACCUAUAAUUUGGGAAUGCACCAUGUGCCGUACACCCAAUCUUCCUAUUUUCUACCCCAGUCACAACCUAGGCAAGUUAACACCCAAAACAUGCAAAUGCCGCAGUUUCAUCUCUUUCAGUCUAACAUGCCAAUUCCACAUCAGCCUAUGGGUGCUGCAUCUCAUUCACAUGCCUUCCAGGAGAUGUUGCCACAGGAUCCUCUUGGGCGAUUGCAGGGGCUAGAUAUUGGUAGCAGAAGCACUCUUCUAGUUAAAUCCGAAGGCCCCUCAAUUUCGGCUAGUGAAAGCAGCAGUAUUUGAUUCAAGGUUUUCGCUGGGCUACACUCUGCUCCAUCGUAUUUGUUGGAUUGUUUAUAGACUGACCGUAUUGACAGACUAAGGUAUUCUUUGGAGUUCGAUUCUUUACUCUUGAGUGGGAUCUUUUGGUUUUUGGCUAACCAGCUUUUUAAGAUAAGAGGUUUUCUCUGUGUUGGAAUCAAAUUUGCAUUUCUUGGGGAUUAAUGAGGCUGGAAUAGAAGGUUGUUCCUGUUACAGAUGCAUCAUUUCAUACUAGGUGCUCCCAUGUUAGAUUCUGUUUGUUACCAUCCAAAAUUUGUAUUGCUCAGAACAUUGAAAUUUUUUUUUAUUUGCUCAAUAGUUUCAAUGGAUGAUCUCUCUCUCUUCCUUGUAUUAGUAUUAGCCACUUGUGAUGUCGUCUAUGACAGUUACUCUGCUAUCUUUGCUGAUACUUCUUAUGAAAUGAAUAAUUCGUAACUCUAGAAAUUUUGUUAGGGAUAGCAUGUAACGUUGCCGGCCCCAGCUACUUUGCAAUUAAGGCAUAGUAGUUGUUGUUGAUUACAGAUGACAUCGAUGCUCGGAUUUUUGAAUGCAGGAGAAUGUUGAUUGGCUU